GCCGGGGAGCCGCUGGGCAUGCAGGAGGCCCUGGCGGACCUCGCGGCGGGCACCCGGGCCGCCCUCGCGGAGGUGAGGGCCGAGGUCGGCGCCGAGGUCCGGGAGGCCGCCCAGAGGCUCCAGUGCGCCGAGGCGCGCCUGGACGGCCAGGAGCGGCGCUGGCGGGAGCUGCGUGCCGUCGAGGAGAGCGGCUCGAGGAGCUCGCGCGGAGCUCGUGGGAGUCGCUGCAGGCGCUGCGCUGGGAGGUCCGCAGGCGCUCGCCUCCGGCACGUCGGCAUGGCGAGGAGCUCGGCCCCCCGGAGCGGCCCCGAGAGCCCGAUGGCGAGGACGAGGCCUUGGCGCACCGUUCCCACAAGGCUUACGUCCGGCAUGUUCCUCUACAGGAGGAAUAUUCCAGAUUUGUUCAUAAUCAUCAGGUGCCGAUUUGUCGUGUUCUGUUUUUCAUAA